GCGUCUCGCCGGCUGGCAAACGGCGGCGCCAGCGCCAGGGAGAGAUUCACCUGCAGAAGGAGGGCAGGCGCGAGAGGGGACGGGGGCUGCUGCUGCCGCUUCUGCAUCCUGGGCUCCCCUUGCACAGCCCCGCCAGCACGCGAAAGCACGUGCAGACCCAGCCACUCACCGCCCAAGAAUCACUCCCCUCUCUUCCAUUCUAUUGGCUGAGCCGCAGUCUGCAUUUCGACGCUUACAAUGAGGUCAUCUGUUGAACUUGGCUUGUUUUCAUUAACUGUCAUAUGUUUUACAGUGUGGCAGUCGGCAGACAGUACCGUAAGAAACCAUGGGCCAGUUUUUGAAGAGCAACCACACAACACCAUCUUUCCCGAAGGGUCAACAGAGGAACACAUUUUGUUGACCUGCCAAGCACGAGCCAGCCCUCCUGCAACAUACAGGUGGAAGGUGAAUGGAGUAGACCUCAGAAUGGAGCCAGAUUCUCGUUACAGGCUGAAUGGGGGCAACCUGGUCAUAAGCAAUCCUGUGAAAGCCAAAGAUGCUGGAUCCUAUCAAUGUGUGGCAUCCAACUCUGUGGGGACGGUAGUCAGCAGAGAAGCUUAUGUUCGUUUUGGCUUUUUGCAGGAAUUCUCUACAGAAGAAAGAGACCCAGUGAAGAUUACAGAGGGCUGGGGGGUGAUGCUUCCCUGCAUCCCACCCCAACAUUACCCAGGACUUUCAUACCGCUGGCUUGUGAAUGAGUUUCCCAACUUCAUCCCAGCAGAUGGAAGGCGCUUCAUUUCCCAGACAACUGGAAACCUUUACAUUGCCAAGACAGAGGCCUCCGAUGUAGGCAACUAUUCCUGCUUUGCCACUGGCCAGAUUGACUCUAUUAAAAAGAGUGUCUUUAGCACAUUUUCUCAGCUCAGCAUUAUCGGAGAAGAUGCUAGACAAUAUGCCCCAAGCAUUAAGGUUAAAUUUCCUUCUGAAACUUAUGCUCUGGAUGGACAGCUGGUGACUUUGGAGUGCUUUGCCUUUGGGAACCCUGUCCCUCGAAUAAAAUGGCGCAAGUUGGACAGUACCUCAGUCUCUUUGCUGAUUACAACUGAGCCUCUCCUGCAAUUCAAGAAGAUUGACUUUGAUGAUGAAGGUGUUUAUGAAUGUGAAGCUGAGAACAUCAAAGGAAAAGACACCCAUCAGGGGCGCAUCAUCAUCCAAGCUCAGCCAGAUUGGCUGAAGGUCAUCACAGACAGAGAGGCUGACAUUGGAUCAGACCUGCAGUGGAGUUGUGCUGCAGCUGGCAAGCCGAGGCCUGUAAUAAAAUGGCUACGGAAUGGGCAACCAUUAACUUCCCAGAAUCGUAUUGAAGUGACUGGUGGGAAUAUGAGGAUUUUAAAGUUAACGAUGGAAGACUCCGGGAUGUACCAGUGUGUAGCAGACAACAAACAUGGCACUAUUUAUGCAAGUGCUGAAUUGUCUGUGCAAGCUCUUGCUCCAGAUUUUCGUUUAAACCCUGUGAAACGACUGAUACCAGCAGCUCGAGGAGGGGAAAUCAUUAUCCAUUGCCAGCCACGAUCUGCACCAAAACCCAUUAUACUUUGGACCAAAGGAACUGAACUUCUGCACAAUAGUCCCAGCACAACUAUUACUGCUGAUGGCACCUUGAUCAUUCGGAAUAUUAGCAAGUCGGAUGAGGGAAAAUACACCUGCUUUGCAGAGAAUUUCAUGGGCAAAGCAAACAGCACAGGAAUCCUCUCUGUUCGAGAUGCCACCAAAAUCACCCUUGCACCAUCCAGUGCUGAUAUCAAUGUAGGAGAGAACAUUUCUCUUCAGUGCCAUGCUUCUCAUGACCCAACAAUGGACCUCACCUUUACUUGGAGCUUGGAUGACUUUGCUAUUGAUUUCACUAAGUCUGAAGGUCAUUACAAGCGAGCAAGUACAAAAGAGAGUAUUGGGGACCUCAUGAUCCUGAAUGCUCAGCUGAAACAUGCUGGACGAUAUACAUGUACAGCCCAGACAGUGGUGGAUAGUGCUUCUGAAUCAGCCAUGCUGGUUGUAAGAGGUCCUCCAGGGCCUCCUGGGGGAUUGGUGGUGAGGGAUAUAAAAGACACCACUGUGCAAUUAAGCUGGAGUCGAGGCUCUGAUAACCACAGUCCUAUUGCCAAAUAUGUCAUCCAGGCCCGCACUCCACUUUUCUCCAAAUGGAAGCAAGUGCGCACCAAUCCUGCAAAUAUUGAAGGUAAUUCAGAGACAGCCCAAGUGGUCAAUCUCAUACCAUGGAUGAAUUAUGAAUUCCGGGUCCUGGCUAGCAACAUUCUUGGUACUGGAGAACCUAGUGUGCCAUCUGUGGAGAUCUACACCAAAGAAGCUGCCCCUACAGUUGCACCAUCUGGGCUCAGUGGAGGAGGGGGAGCACCCGGAGAACUCAUCAUCAACUGGACGCCAAUGCACCGGGAGUACCAGAAUGGAGAUGGUUUUGGGUACAUCCUGUCUUUCCGAAAACAAGGCACCCAAACAUGGAAGAAAACAAAAGUUCCCCAUGCAGAAUCACUGCACUAUGUCUAUCGCAAUGAGAGUGUUGCACCUUAUACACCCUUUGAAGUGAAGAUCAGGGCCUUCAACAGGAAAGGAGAUGGACCAGAGAGCUUGGUGGCCAUUGUGUACUCUGCAGAAGAAGAACCAAGAGUGGCUCCAUCUAACAUUACAGUUGAGGGAGUUAUGGCGACAGAAAUGGAUGUUUUAUGGGAGCCGGUGGAGCAGAGUGAAAUGAAUGGAAUCCUUUUGGGCUAUGAGAUCCGAUACUGGAAACAUGGGGACAAAGAGGAGGCUGCUGAUAGAGUGAGGACAGCUGGUCUUGAGAAGUCAGCACAUGUGACAGGCCUCAACCCCAACACAAAGUACCAUGUGACAGUCAGAGCUUAUAACCGGGCAGGGACUGGGCCAGCCAGUCCCCCCACCAGUUUCACGACCACAAAGCCACCCCCAAGAAGGCCACCUGGCAACAUCUCCUGGAAAUUUACCAGCUCCAGUGUAACCAUCAGUUGGGAUCCUGUGAUUGCAAAGGCAGAUGAAUCUGCUGUCACUGGCUAUAAGAUGCUGUACAAGCAAGACUCGCACUCCACUCCUAAACUGUACAUAGCCAACAAUAAUCAGAUUGAAGUUCCCUUUCCAGAAGACUCCACUCAUGCCACGGUGCAAAUAAGGACAACUGGGCCAGGUGGAGAUGGAGUCCCAGAACAGGUUCACAUCUACAGAAACAGCGGUACAAGUAUGAUGGUAGAAAAGUCUGCGGGCCAUCCAGUAGAACCUACUACUGUAGUAAUGUUGUUCCUGAUUGGUUAUUUGGAACUCUGAUCACAGUUUUUAUAAUGGAGAGCUACCAGAUAAGAUUCAUCCUAAUCUAACAGGAGCAGUUGACCAUCAGGACUACAAAUUUUUAACACAGCUGCACAGCAGGGGGGGAUUAGUAGAAAAGGACAAGAGGAAAACUUACCCUCUUCUUUUUAGAAAAUAGAACAUUUCAUACAAGAUAUGAGACUUUCACCAAUCGCAGUUUUUUACCUGAAGAAACAAAAGGGUGAAUUCUGGAAACGGGAUGUCUCAUAGUACUGUAUUCAGUAGAUUUUUCUGCCUUACAAAGCCAUGUACAAAACUACAGACUUCUAAAACUUGAUCUUUUUAUAAAAAAAAUACAGUACCAGGUAGGACAAGGUUUUCCAUGUGAUGAGCAUGCUCCGUCAUUCCCAGUUGCAGCCAGAAUUGAAUCAAGGACUGUGCGAAUGGAUUGGAAGAAGUGAGAAAAUUGAUGGUUCACCAUUGAUGCUGAGAACUUCACAGUUUUCUCCUAAUUUGGCUUUCACACUGUAUGGCUGUAAGCCAACAGCACAUUUAUGCCAAAAGGAACAUCUUUCAUUGGUCACCCAUAUCUCAUUAUUUAUGAUUUAGCACUUCUUUUGUUUUAUUUUGGUUUCUUUCCCUUUUUUCAUACUCUUAUCAAGUUCUUGAAAUAAAGAUGUGGCCCCCAAGAGGAAUUAAAAAAGGUUUUGAAUCAAGAAAUAGUUCAGGAUCAGGCCAGGAGGAACAUGUUAUAUGAAGAUCAAUGCAGCAGCCAGUUUCCACUGCCCCAUAAAACGUUGUAUCAUCUAUCCAAAGUUUCAUGGGCAGGGCGUGGACUUGAGAGUUUGAUUUAUCCAUUAAGUUGACAUGCCCUUUCUUCAACAGAUAUUGUCAAGUCCUCUGGGGUUUUUAGGGGUGGAGGGCUCUUCUCUUCUGUCACGACAAGAUGCCAGCCUUUGUGCUACAUGACCACCUACAUGGGCUUUCCUUGAUGGUGCUGGGCUGUGUGUGCAACUGGAACUACAUGCCUUUCCUGGUCAGCACAUGCAGCUGGGAGCAUUGUUAGUAGAGCAUGCAUGUGUGAGUGGGGAAAAGGUUCAUGGGCAGGGGGUUGGUGUCAGUGAACCACUCAACAGCUGCCCCAGCUCAGGCUAUGCAGCCUGUGAUCCUGGAAAGCCUUACAGUUGGUGACCUAAUCAUUGUCUGAACUGAUGAGCAGAACUGAAUAUCAUGAGAUUACUAGUUGUCAGCUUUGUUUUCUCAGACUGUUCUUUGUGGAACUAGCAUGGUGUAGUGGUUAAGAGCAGCAGACUCUAAUCUGGAGAACCAGGUUUGAUUUCCCACUCUUUCACAUGGACCCUGCACUAGGCCUUGAG